AUGCCAAACCUCAAUGACCCAACAUGCGGAGAGUUGGCGGACUCUGCAGACUCCGCAAUUCUCAGUCGAACUCUUUAUUCGAAGCCCGCAGAACUUGUGGUCGCAGGCCAUGAUAGUUAUCUGGUUACGGAUUCCAAUGACGAAAUUUUAGAUGCAACGGCGGGUCCAGGAGUUACCUGCCUCGGUCACUCGAACAAAGAAGUCCACCAAGCCAUAAUCGAUCAAAUGCAAAAGAUCAGCUACGUUUACUCCGGCCACAACACAACGCAGCCAGCGGAAGACCUUGCUACGUUCUUGAUCCAAGAAUCACAAGGUGCCUUCUCAAAGGUACUAAUCAACAGCGGUGGCUCUGAGGCUACAGAGACUGCAAUCAAAAUAGUUCGCCAGUAUUCUCUAGCCAGGAGUUUGGGGUCAAAUCCUCCAACCGCAACUCGAGAACAUCUAAUUUCUCGUUUCCCAUCAUAUCAUGGAAACACCCUUGGUGCUUUGGCGGUCUCUGGACAUCCAUUGAGAAAGGGUAUUUUUACACCAUAUUUAUCGGCAGCUCCAAUAUCUUUUGUUUCGACAUGUUAUCCAUAUCGCCAGUUGCGGGAUGGGGAAACCGAAGAGCAGCUCUGCCAGCGUCUGCUUCAAGAACUAGAUGACGAAUUUCAGAAACAUGAUGGAAAUGUCGCCGCAUUUUGGAUGGAACCGGUUUCUGGAACCUCACAAGCUUGCACGCCAUCUUUGAAGGGGUAUAUUCCUGGUGUGAAGAAACUUUGUAAAAAGUAUGGUGCUUUGUUGGUUAUGGAUGAGAUUUUAUGUGGAAUGGGAAGGACGGGAUACCUGUUUUCUUGGAUGGAAGAUGGUAGCGUUGAAGAUGCGGCACCAGACCUGAUGACUUGUGCAAAGGCGCUCGGUGGUGGAUAUGGUCCUAUUUCCGCAGUUCUAAUGACGGAAGAAGUUGCAAGAGUGUUAAAUGAGAGCGGUGGGUAUAAUGGUGGAUUUACGUAUCAAUCACAUACGCUCGCUUGUACGGCAUCUCUAGCUGUACAAAGGAUUAUUAAGAGAGAUAAUUUGCUUGAGAACGUUAGACAGAUGGGAGAAUUGUUGUUCAGUCUUCUCAGGGAACACUUAAAGGAUGCUCCAUAUAUUGGCGAGAUCCGAGGGCGGGGUCUACAGAUAGGUGUGGAGUUUGUGAAGGAUAGAGCGACGAAGGAGCCUUUACCGCCAAAUGCGAGGUUCGCCGGACGCCUUUUGCAACACUCUUGGGAGGAAGAGAGAUUAAGCAUGCUGUUGGGAAUGGGGACAGUACACACGGAUGGCAAAGUGUCCGGGGAUACUAUAUUGCUCCUGCCAAUGUACAUUAUCAAAGAAAAAGAGGUACGGGAAAUCGCGGACCGCUUUUCAAGGAGUGUAGAAGCUGUUUCUGCUAUUGUUAUGAAGGAACUUUCGGAUUAA